AUGCAAGCCUCCAACCGUCUCCGCAACGCCUUUGCCGCGGGCAAGCAGGCCAUGGGCAUGUGGCAGAUGAUUCCGGGCGCCAACGUGUCGCGCAUACUGGCCAGCUCCGGUGUGGAUUGGGUCAUGGUGGACUGCGAGCACGGCAACAUGGACGACAGAGCCAUGCACGACGCGGUGCCGGCGAUUGCGGCGCUCGGCGUUUCGCCCAUUGUCAGAAUACCAGACAUGCAAGGCUGGAUGGUGAAGCGCGCACUUGAUUCAGGCGCCCACGGAAUUCUCGUGCCGCUGCUGCGCUCGGCCGCUGAAGCCCGCGACAUUGUCCAGAGCGCCAAGUUCCCGCCCGUGGGCAAGCGCGGCUUCGGCUCGCCCAUUGCCCUCUCGCGCUUCAGCCCCGUGCCGUCCUUUACCGGGUAUCUGCAGCAGGCCAACGACGCCAUCCUGACCAUGGUUCAAAUUGAGACGCAGGAGGCGCUCAACGAGGUCGAGGACAUUGCCGCCGUCCCGGGCGUCGACGUGCUCUUUGUCGGGCCCUUUGAUCUGGGCAACAACAUCGGCGAGCCCAUCCUCGAUGGCGUCGUCACCGACAAGCUCAAGGCGGCCAUUGCCAGGAUCCUGACGGCCGCGCACAAGGCCGGCAAAAAGUGCGGCAUGUACUGCGCCACCGGCGCCCAGGCCAAGGCCAGCGCGGCCCAGGGUUUCGACAUGAUCAAUGUGGCGACUGAUUACACGUCGCUGCAGGCGCUCGUCUCAGAGGAGCUGAGCGUCGCAACGUCGCAAGCCAAGCCUGACCGAGGCGUGUCGUAUUGA